GACCGACAUAUCCAAGAGCCAAUCGGAUCUUAGCAGCCAAACGACGUUAGGUUGUCGUAAUGUAACCUACCUGAGCCAUUUAGAUUGCUUGAGGAGUUUGACCGCAAGGCAACGUACGAACACGCACUUCCGAAGUUCAACCGGGUUUAAUCAGUUUACUUAAGUUAUGACUCUUACAACACAACAAUAUAUUGAGUCACUUGAAUCGUGAUUUUCUAUUUGACCAAGACAUUUUGGACAUAACGCUAAGUUUAUUAACUUACAGCGCAACAUUGAUAUGGAGGAGUCCAGUUAUUUGUAUGACGUGCUCGAGGCGAAUGGCUCCCCUUCCUGGGACGACCAGAACCACCAGUGUCUGGACGAGCUGGACAAUGUGGAGUGUCUCAGAAGGAAGAUCAAAUUUUACUUUAUGAACCCUUGUGAGAAGUACCACGCCCGUGGCCGAAAACCAUGGAAACUCCUACUGCAAAUCAUCAAAAUAGCCAUCAUUACUAUCCAGUUAGUAUCUUUUGGGCUGAGCAACCAGAUGGUUGUCAGGUUCAAGGAGGAGAAUCUGAUGACUUUCAAGCACCUUUUCUUGAAAGAUUACGUCAAUGGAGGCACGGAUGUGAAUGCUGUUUACAGACAGGCUGAUGUUUACGAUCACAUCGAUUACGUCCUUGAACAGUACGGACAUCUGCACAACAUCACAGUAGGCAAUCACGAAUAUGAGAAAAAUGGUACUUUCUACAACCCUGUGACAGUGUGUCAGGAAUUCUAUCGAAACGGCACCAUCUACCCGGGCAAUGAGACCUUUGAAAUUGAUGUCCAAGUACAAACUGAUUGCGUUAACGUUUACCCGAUGCAUCAUCCGUCAUCGGGGGAAGCGCUUCCAAAUCUUCAAUUGCAUUUCAAAAGAAUGCUCACGGUCAAGAUCACGUUUGUUCUUAAGGCCAUCAAUUUACAGACGGUGAGACAUCGAGAACUGCCCGACUGCUACGACUUUACUGUUGUUAUAACUUUUGACAACCGAGCGCACAGCGGCAGGAUAACGGUCGACCUGGAGAGCGACGUAGACAUCAAUGAAUGCAGAGACUGGAAAGUAACUGGAGCGUCUGCUAGAAACGUAUACCUGACUGUGCUGUUUGACUGCUUCAUCAUUAUAACGUGCAUCAGCUCCUUUGCCCUCUGCACACGCUCCGUGGUCAACGGGAUUCGACUGCAGUUCGAGUACACACUCUACAGCAGAAACCAAGUACCAUGGUCAGACAAGUUGGAGUUUCUGAAUGGUUGGUACAUCCUCAUCAUCGUUAGCGACACAUUGACCAUCAGUGGCUCCGUUCUCAAGAUGGAGAUCCAGACAAAGGUCCUCACUAGUUACGAUGUCUGCAGCAUCUUGCUUGGGACCGGUACCAUGUUUGUCUGGAUCGGGGUCAUCCGCUACAUGGGCUACUUUAGGAAGUAUAACAUUCUCAUACUGACGCUACGGGCCGCUUUCCCAAAUGUAAUCCGCUUCAUCUGCUGUGCGGGAAUAAUCUACCUGAGUUACUGCUUUUGCGGCUGGGUCGUCCUCGGCCCGUACCAUGAGAAGUUUCGUACCUUGAACACCGUGUCGGAGUGUCUGUUCUCCCUGAUCAACGGAGACGACAUGUACCCCACCUUUAAGGACAUGAAGCAGAAGAGCAGCCUGGUGUGGAUCUUCAGCAGGGUCUACCUCUAUUCCUUCGUAUCGCUCUUUAUCUACAUGGUCCUCAGCCUUUUCAUCACGAUCAUCACAGACACCUAUGACACCAUUAAGCAGCAGCAGCAGAGUGGAACCCUGACAUCAGAUCUGCAAAAAUUCAUGUCAGGGUGUACAGACCCACCGAAUUCUGGGAUGUACAGACUUGACGAGAACAAAGGCCUCUUGAACUGCUGCCUUGGCAGGUGCAGGAAAAGGCUGACUUCGGAGGCAUAGCAGGUGUUUCAUAUGGGUAUUAAAAAAGGGAUACAGUUACAAUUAUAGUAACAGUAUAUAGCCUGUUAAAUAUUCGAUGGGAGCCUUAGAAAUGCAUUAUGCC